CAUCUGCUCGGCCUAAUCAGGUAGCAGUGCAACGGUACUUACUAGAACGUGUACGUUGRCGCAGCGUGCGUGGCACAGUUGCUGCCGCUUUUCCAUCCAUUAGUAUGACAACGAGCUGCGGUAUGCCACACAUCAGUUGGAGCUGCGUCAGCCUUUGGCUUGCCACUUUGCCGCUGCUAAUGAAUGCUCAGCCACUCGUCGAUUUGGCACGCAAUUUCGAGACGUCACUACUCAAUACGCGUCUACCGGAUACUCAAACGUUCGAUGAGGCUUAUGAUUUCAUAAUUAUCGGCGCUGGUUCGGGUGGCUGUGAUGUUGCUAAUAGACUGAGUGAGAUUAGCAAUGCAACGGUGCUAUUGCUGGAGGCGGGCGAUCAGGAAAUGUUCUUGAGGGACGUCCCCCUUACCGCCGCGCUCACCCAGAUGACACGCUACAAUUGGGGUUACAAGUCUGAUCCGACACCGAAUGCUUGCCAGGGUCUCAAAGGUGGUGUCUGCAAUUGGCCRAAAGGACGUGGUAUUGGCGGUACAAGUCUCAUWAAUUUCAUGCUUUACACACGUGGCCAUCGCAAGGACUAUGAUCACUGGGCUGCACUAGGCAAUAAUGGUUGGAGUUAUAAGGAGGUGUUGCCAUAUUUCAAAAAAUCGGAAAAUAUUGGCAUCGAAGAAUUGCGCAAGUCGCCGUACCACGGGCGCAACGGUCCGCUCGAUGUCAGCUAUACCGACUUCAAGUCAAGCAUACUAAAAGCCUUUCUGAAAUCAAGUCGCGAAAUGGGUUACGAAAUCACGGAUACAAAUGGUGAGCAGUUGAUGGGAUUUGCGCGUACACAGGCAAAU